UUUCUCUUGAGUGAAUGAUGUUUUAAUUGUACUUAUCUAGCUUGUUUGACAGACGCUUGUACUGAAACAUCCCAAGUCGCAGACCUUAGGCGAUUCCACAUUCCGAUCGCCCAUCGGCUUCCUCUUGUGGUUAUCUGUCACUCCGAGUGGAUCACGCACUUACGCAGCCCUAAUACACCGAGUGUGCAAUCAGUAAAGCUUUGGUCUUCCGAUUUCGGAUCUGCAUCUGGAUGGCGAGUACUUCUUGUUUUAUGAUCGUCAGUAGGAAUGACAUUCCCAUCUAUGAAGCCGAAGUUGGAGCUGCACAAAAAGAGGAUGCUGCUCAUCAACACCAGUUCAUAUUACAUGCAGCACUGGACAUUGUUCAGGAUAUGGCGUGGACUACCAGUGCAAUGUUCCUGAAGGCAAUUGACCGGUUCAAUGAUUUAGCUGUUUCAGUAUAUGUCACCGCGGGCCAUACCCGGCUGAUGCUGCUUCACGAUUCUCGCAAUGAUGAUGGAAUCAAAAGCUUCUUCCAAGAAGUUCACGAGCUUUAUAUAAAGUCUCUUCUUAAUCCCCUCUACUUACCUGGCUCUCGAAUUACAUCAUCUCAUUUCGAUACAAAGGUCAGAGCUCUUGCUAGAAAGUAUCUCUAAAGAUUGUGAAGGAACCUCACCGCCUACCUGGUAAUGAAUGUUUAGCAGUAACAUAUUGUAUUUCUCUUUGUUACCUUGACUAUAUAUGUAUAUUCAUUAAAAAUCAUUAUUCUUGUUCGUUAAUCAAUUUUGGCAGUUAUCUUAAAAAGUUGUCUUUAUGUAUCAAAUACAUGAUUCUUUUAUGACAAUAGAACUCUUGAAACAUGACCAUUUUCAUGGCGGAGGAAGUAUUGUAAGACUACAAUUAAAGUAGUACGUGAAC